AUGCUUCGUCCGCGCACCGUGCUGCGAUUGGUUUUGUACCUUUUACUUAGUUGGCUAGUCCUUGCCGUUCUAUACGUUGGCCUGCCUAGCUUUUCCCGAGAUGAUAAUGGUACAGACUACGCAACGAAAGUGUUAAAAGUCGACGAGUAUUUUCCGUCCAGUAAUAAUGGUGGAAUUGCUGAUUUCACUACCAACAACGAGCGUCGAAGGAAUCUCGUCUUGACAUUCAACGUAGACAAGGCUUCUGACUCGCUCAUAAUUUGCGGCACGACAAAAGUUUCCUUGAAAAAACCCACGCAAUUAACGUCGGUACAAAAGCAAGGGGAGGAAAAUGAUGACUUUGUUCUUCUGGAGCCCCCAAUUCGUGUAUCUGCACCAGCGGGCGAUACAGAUGGCAUAAGUCUACCGUGGUUCGACACUGCGGAUGCCGCGAUAAUGUUUUACUUGAUCCAUCACGAUCAAGCUUUGGUGAAAUUGCGUGUUGGUUUCAGAGAGGGUGGAAGAAAGCUGGAGGUAUGGCCCGGUGGGGAUGAUUGGACACAUCCUCUAGCAUCACAGGAUGACAAUCCCCUUCUCUCACUGUCCCUAGAAAAUGAAAGAAACACAGCCAGCCGGGUCUCAACGGCGAAUGUCCCUCCCUCUCCCUUGUCAUUCUCGCCAAGUCCGACAUAUCAUAUCCGACUCGUUCUUUUGAUCGCUCUCGCGCCGCUAACGAUUUUCAUCAUGGGUGCAUACCUGGGCUUAAGCUUUGUUCUUUCAGCGGUUCUGGCAUUCCUAUCUCGAUUCUUCUGGAUAGGCGUGUUUUCGCUUCUGGUUUGUUGGCUCUAUAAAGGUAGACCACCAGCAGAGACAGUGAUGAAGAGCAACCAUCUCCGAUGCAUGAGACCUUGA